AUGGGAGAGCGGAGCAAGGAACCGUGCAAGGAGGCCUGCGACAUUCAAGCGCGUCUCUCAAAGAACAACUUCAACCCUCAAAGGCAUGCCUCUCUCAUUGAAUUGCUUCAAUCGUGCUGCGAGAAGUGCAAUUACAAGUCAACCCACUGUGCUUCUCUAUCCGGCCUCCUAAAGCAAAAGCCCAGAUAAGAGCCUAGUCGAGCUACAUUUUUGCAGACAAUGGACUCAACACAAGGCCACUAGUCAAAAGCUAACACUGAGGCACAGAUCCUGCCGAGUUACUAGAAUGGGGUCGUGCAAGGCAUUGUGGUUAUCAGGAGUUUGCCUUCACCAUAUGUAACACUGAGGUAUAGAUUCUGCAUAUUAUUAGAAUUUGUAACGCAAGGCAUCUUGGUUACCAGAAGUUUGCCUCCACGUGUAGUAAUAAGGGCUUUGAAUAGAGGAAAUAAGAGGAGGGUAGAUCUUUGCUGUAGACAAAUUUGUUGAAAAAGUAUUACAGGGUUCAGUUAUACAUCCCCAUGGAUUCCUACACUGUUAGCUGUUAUUGUUUAAGCAAGACUGGAAGCCAUUCCUUCCU